GGGGAGUUGCCCACGCCAGUAUGGCUGCGCCCAGUUGGGGCGCGUAUGUUUGUUUCGAAUGUGGGCCUGGGCCGGCUCGUGGGGCUGGGCUUUAGGCAGAACGGGUUGGAAAGGAAUAUAUUGCAUUUCGGCGCUUCCUGUCUCUUAGGAACUGUGCUAGGCGCUUUGCAUUUCUCAUCUCCAAGUGACCCUCCUCCACACUCGAGGGUAGGCUCUAGUUUCACAAUGUUUGGGGAUCUAUUUGAAGAAGAUUAUUCCAGUGUGUCAAAUUAUCAGUAUGGAAAAGAGAAGAAAUUAAAGACCAAAGCUUUGGAGCCACCAGCUCCUAGAGAAUUCACCAAUUUAAGCGGAAUUAGAAAUCAGGGUGGAACCUGUUACCUCAAUUCCCUUCUUCAGACUCUUCAUUUCACACCUGAAUUCAGAGAAGCUUUAUUUUCCCUUGGCCCAGAAGAGCUUGGUUCAUUCGAGGAUAAGGAUAAACCUGAUGCAAAGGUUCGGAUCAUACCUUUACAGUUACAACGGUUGUUUGCCCAGCUUCUGCUCUUAGACCAGGAUGCAGCAUCCACAGCAGACCUCACUGACAGCUUCGGGUGGACCAGCAAUGAGGAAAUGAGGCAACAUGAUGUGCAGGAACUGAAUCGAAUUCUCUUUAGUGCUUUGGAAACUUCUUUAGUCGGGACCUCCGGCCAUGACCUCAUCAAUCGUCUGUAUCAUGGAACCGUUGUUAACCAGGUUGUUUGUAAAGAGUGUAAGAAUGUCAGUGAAAAGCAGGAAGACUUCUUAGAUCUAACAGUAGCAGUCAAAAAUGUGUCAGGUUUGGAAGAUGCCCUCUGGACCAUGUAUGUAGAAGAGGAAAUGUUUGACUGUGACAACUUAUACCACUGUGGGACUUGUGACAGGCUGGUUAAAGCUGCGAAGAUUUAAUUUUGAUUUUGUGAAGCGUGAACGAUACAAGGAAACUAGCUGUUACACGUUCCCUCUCCG